AUGCAAGAACUGAUCGUCAAUAUUGAGAACAUCUGGCUUGGUGGCUUUAAGGGCGUGCUAUCUCAGCAUCGCAAAGACUCAGCAUUGUUGGCUCGUUUCAGAAAGUCAUUAGACGGUAUCCUCGACCGGCAUCUCCCAUCGAGGCAAGGCACGAAAAGCAAGAUCAAGAAGCUCGUGCUUGACGCCAACAUUGUUGAGUUGUUCAUUGGCCUUGGAGACGAUCAUGAUGGCGAAGUCGAUAUGGACGAGCAAGUACUCGACUUACUCUACUUUGUCAUCGAUGUCCUCCAAUUCAAUGGCGAACGCAAUGCGUAUGACGAAGUCGACUUCGAUGUCAUGGCAACCGAGACUAUGGAUGCUUUGAGGUCCUACCAUGAAGCGGCAAAUUCCAACGAAGCCGAUCAGAAUCAUCUUAUUCUCAUAUUGGACAGAAAUCUGCACGCCUUCCCGUGGGAAAGUCUACCCUGUCUCCAGAACGUGAGUGUAAGUAGAGUCGGCAGUAUGCUCACACUUCGAGAGCGUAUUCUCGCUAUGCGUCGCCAGAUGAAGGAUAGUACCGAGGAGAAAUACUUUGUCGACAAGCAGUCUGGAGCCUUUAUCCUCAACCCCUCAGGAGAUCUGUCUAGGACGCAGACUACCAUGUCGCCUUUGCUUGACUCGCUUGCAACAUCGAAAACUUCGUCGUGGCAAUCGACCAUCAACAAGACCCCCUCAGAGAAAGACUUUGCGACCGCUCUAUCCGACAAAAGUAUGCUCCUGUACUUCGGUCACGGCAGCGGAAAUCAAUACAUUCGCAACCGCACCAUAAAGAAACUCGAUAAGUGCGCCGAAGUAGUGUGGUUAAUGGGCUGUUCUAGCGGCAGAGUUACUGAGCACGGUGAUUACGAACCUACCAGCGUACCUCUCAGCUAUCUCAUCGCUGGCAGACGACUAGAGCACACCGAUACAACAGAGGACGAGAGCAAGUAUCGCAAUGACAGUAGAGAAGGUCUUUGCAUGGCUGUCGUCGCCACUCUUUGGGACGUCACUGACAAAGACAUCGACCGCUUUGCUGUGGAAGUAGGUGAGCAUUGGAGUCUAUGGUCUUCUGCACCCGAACCUUCGCCCAGAGAAUUAGCCCCUCCAAAGACACCGCGCAAGAGAGGGAGGGAUGAAGAAACUACGCGAGCAAAAAGCUUGUCCGAGGCUGUAAUGCUAGGUAGGGAUGCUUGCAACUUGAGAUAUUUGAACGGCGCGGCAACGGUGGUGUAUGGCAUCCCUAUAUACCUUGGUAAUUGA